UUCCAAAUGUGGGAACUUUGAAAAUGAUUGCAGGUAUUUAACUAGAAGAAACUACGACUUUGAACAUUGUUGUCCUGUGAAUAAGAAGUGGCAUUUGAAAGUUGUCAGCUAUUCUACCAAGACUCAAGUAUUGCAGGCAACAAAGAGUUCCAAGGAAAUGUCAAGCAUGGUGAGAAACAAUUCGUGUGGAUGGGCAGGAAAUUUAUUGUUAAUGGCAGAGCUUCGGAGAAGGAUACUAACCUUUAGGGAUGUCAUUGACCUUCCUCUUUGUGAUGGUUCUGGUCCCCUUCAUGAGUUGGUGAUGGUCACUGUUGAAGAUCUCUACAGCUUAUACCCAAAGGUUGUAAACUGUAAAUUGACAACAGAAAUGGAAGAAACCUCCUUAAAUCAGGAAUUGCACCACCUUGAUGAUGCUCUGAAAUGCAUAGGAGAUUCGUGGGCCAGAAAUCACAAGUGGGUAACUAACAUUGGCAAUGAUACAAGUGACAUUAUGGAAGAUAUCACUCUGGAGCAACUUGGUCAAAAAGUCCUUAAAAAGCUCAACCACAUGAUUGACAUCGCAAAGAAAAUGUUCGAUAUAAUGGAAGAAGAUGAAAUGGAUAGUGGUGGCACGAUACAAGAUUUCACAAUUGGAGAUGCAUUGACCGAGUCCUAUUCAAACAAGAAACUCACAUGUCCUUCUCCAGAUACUCCAGCAUCAUUCUCUCCUGCAAUUUCUUUCUCUGUGGAACUCAGUGAGUUUGCAAAUGCUACAUAUGCCUCACCUUCUCCAUUGCCUCCCAGAGUUAAGGCGGUGGAGAAAUUGAGGCCAAUUGAAAUGAAGUACCUUCCAUUCAACUUGUAUCCUACAAAAUCCGUUCAAAGUGAGAUUCCCGUCAAAGUAAUGGAUCAAAUAAGUGAUUAUGGGAAAGCAGACCAGCAAAAUGUUUUGCCAGCUAAACUGACUAGUGAAGGACCAAAAGAAUCUGUAGAUUCUGAAACAUUGCAAAAAAUCCAAAGUUCUACCUCAAAUGUGAUGUCUCACUCAAAAGGACCAGCAGCAGUACCAAAGCCAUCACCUCCAGCCGUAGCAUCCAAUCCUGCUCCAAAUAUGCCAUCAAGCACUCCAUUGCCACCAGUCAAUCUGCCUUCAUAUGGCACAGUACCUCCUUCUACACCAGCACCACCUUCUAGAGGAUCAGUAUCAGAGCCACCAAUUCCCACAUUACAGGCAAAAGGAGCUGAACCACCACCUCCCCCUCCACUUAUAGAGGCAAAGGCCCUGCGCCCAAAGAAAAAUACCAAACUAAAGAGAUCAAGCAAUAUGGCAAAUUUGUAUAGGCUUCUCAAAGGCAAGGUAGAAGGGAGUAGUUUAAAUGGUAAACCUUCUGAAGGAGGAAGACCUCAACUUGGAAAAUCUGCAGGAGGAAAACAGGGAAUGGCUGAUGCACUGGCAGAGAUGACAAAAAGAUCGGCAUAUUUCCAACAGAUUGAAGAGGAUGUCAGGAAGCAUGCCAAAUUAAUCAUGGAGAUCAAAGAUGCUAUCAAGUCCUUCCAAACCAAGGACAUGGCUGAGCUUGUUAAAUUUCACAAGCAUGUGGAGCAACAAUUGGAGAAAUUGACUGAUGAGACACAGGUACUGGUAAAGUUUGAAGGGUUUCCAAUAAAGAAACUGGAAUCACUGAGAACAGCAGCAUCACUAUAUCUGAAAUUAGAAGAGAUAGCUACCAAACUGGAGAAGUGGAAAGUAAUGCCUCCUUUGGACCAGCACCUUGGCAAGGUUGAAUCCUAUUUUCACAAGGUAAACUCCCCUAUACUCAUGAAAAAACACUUUGGAGAUUUCCUGACAACCCUUUUUGUCAUAGUUCUGCAUAAUAUUUGCAAGCAGAUCAAAGGAGAAAUAGAUGCACUGGAAACAAUUAAAGAUGAAGAGUCAAAGCAGUUUCAGAGCAAUAACAUUCAUUUCAACUUCAAUAUUUUGGUGCGAAUCAAGGAAUUAAUGGUAGAUGUUUCCUCAAGCUGCAUGGAGGUUGCACUCAAGGAAAGGAAGGACACAAAGGAAACAGAGUGUGCAAAAAGCAUGCAGAAAGCUACAGGCCAAUCAAAGGCAACCUUAAAGGUGCUUUGGAGGACUUUUCAGCUAGCAUUUCAGGUCUAUAGCUUUGCAGGUGGACAGGAUGAUCGAGCUGAUAUUUUGAGCAGAGAACUCGCAUACGAAAUAGAGACUGAUCCUCAACCAGAGUGA